AUGACAGCGAUACAGUACUGCUCGUUCCAGAAGGACGCCGGCUUUCGGGGGGGGGGGCGUGGGGUGGAGGGAGGUUUUUCCCAUCCACGACGUUACGUGACCUCUGCUCUAGCUUUCCUUCCCUAUGGUCACGACGCCUCUUCGCCGGCCACGAAAUCCGCCUUUGUCACCGUGGGCACGACCAGCUUCGACAACCUCGUCGCCGCCGUGACGGCUCCGGAGGCUCUGCAGGUUUUACAGGAUCUUGGCUACAGCAGACUUGUCCUUCAGGUUGGCAGGGGCACAGUUUGCCCUGUUUCAACCAGCACACCUACAUUUACCCUGGAAGUGUUCAUGUUCAAGAACUCAAUCUCUGAAGGUGUGCAAACAGCCGAUCUAGUCAUAAGUCAUGCAGGUGCAGGUAGCUGCUUGGAGGUAUUGGAAGCAGGGAAGCCACUACUCGUAGUUGUAAAUGACAAGCUUAUGGAGAAUCACCAGUUAGAACUGGCAAGGCAGCUGCACUUUUACUGCACUUGCAGGACACUUCGAACAUCAGACUUUUCAACUCUGAAGCCUUUUCCUCCUGGACAAAAUUUUUUUGCUGCAUUCUUGGACAAAGUAAUUGGCAUAUGAAUAAAUGAGCUGAAAAAGGAAGCUCACACAUUUGAAACUACUCCUGUACACAUAAUUUCAACAUACACGUGUGCUUGCAGUGGCAAAUGAAAUUAAAUU